GUUUGGUUUCCAAGUGUGAAUUCAAGACUAAGAAGAAAUCCAACAAUCUCCAUUAUCAAUUUUUUUUAUUAACUUUUUGACUAAACCAGUAGAGAGAGAGAGAGAAAGACAGCAAAUUUGGUUGACUCUAACAAACCAAUAUCAUCAAAGUCAAGCAGUUGAAAAUUCUUCAAUUUCAUCAUCUCCAAUUCUUAAUCUCUCUGCUUCUUCUUUCUUCACAACUUGAAACAGAACACAAAACCCUUGAUGAGGGAAUAAAAAAAGGAGAUCUCUUUCUCAAUCAAACAAAACAAAAUGAAGAAAGAACCUGUCCAUAUCCUUCCUCUGUACCUUCCAUGUCUCUUGAUGUUUCUUCUUUCAUCACUCCGUCAAAUCACCGGAGACGCAAGGGCUAGAGCCGUUAAAGUCACUUGCUCACCUUUGCUUGAGCACAACGAAACCGCUUAUGUCCCAAAUUUCGUAGCCACAAUGGAGAAAAUCAGCACACAAGUACAAACUUCCGGUUUUGGAGUUGCUCUCACCGGUACAGGACCAGACGCUAACUAUGGUCUUGCGCAGUGCUAUGGUGAUCUUCCUUUAAACGAUUGUGUACUCUGUUACGCGGAAGCAAGGACGAUGCUUCCGCAGUGUUAUCCUCAGAACGGAGGUAGAAUCUUUCUUGAUGGAUGUUUUAUGAGAGCUGAGAAUUAUAGUUUCUAUAAUGAAUACAAAGGACCUGAAGAUAGCAUCGUAUGUGGAAACACGACGAGAAAGAAUAAGACUUUUGGUGAUGCGGUGAGACAAGGGCUGAGAAAUGCUGUUACUGAGGCUUCUGGGACUGGAGGGUACGCUCGUGCGUCUGCAAAGGCGGGUGAAUCUGAAUCUGAAUCAGCGUUUGUGUUGGCGAAUUGUUGGAGAACUUUGAGUCCUGAUUCUUGUAAACAGUGUUUGGAGAAUGCCUCUGCUUCUGUGGUUAAAGGAUGUUUGCCAUGGUCAGAAGGACGUGCGCUUCACACUGGAUGUUUCCUUCGGUACUCUGAUCAAGAUUUCUUGAAUAAGAUACCAAGAAACGGAAGAUCAAGAGGCUCUGUGGUAGUGAUUGUGGUGUCAGUACUUAGCUCUGUGGUUGUCUUCAUGAUUGGAGUAGCAGUAAGUGUUUAUAUCUGCAAACGUCGGACCAUAAAGAGGAAGAGAAGAGGAUCAAAAGAUGUUGAGAAAAUGGCGAAAACACUAAAAGACAGUAGCUUGAAUUUCAAAUACUCAACACUAGAGAAAGCCACAGGUUCUUUUGACAACGCGAACAAGCUUGGACAAGGCGGAUUUGGAACUGUCUAUAAGGGGGUUCUUCCAGACGGAAGAGAUAUCGCUGUGAAGCGGUUAUUCUUUAACAACAGACAUAGAGCAACCGAUUUCUACAAUGAAGUCAACAUGAUCAGCACUGUUGAACAUAAGAACCUUGUUAGGCUGCUUGGUUGCAGCUGCUCAGGACCAGAGAGUCUCCUUGUCUAUGAAUACCUUCAGAACAAGAGCCUUGAUCGAUUCAUCUUUGACGUGAACAGAGGGAAAACAUUAGACUGGCAGAGAAGAUACACGAUCAUCGUUGGAACCGCUGAAGGAUUGGUGUAUCUGCAUGAGCAGUCGUCUGUGAAAAUUAUUCACAGAGACAUAAAAGCAAGUAAUAUUCUGCUAGAUUCAAAGCUUCAAGCUAAAAUCGCCGAUUUUGGUCUGGCGAGAUCAUUCCAGGACGAUAAGAGCCAUAUUAGCACUGCCAUUGCAGGGACCUUAGGUUAUAUGGCUCCGGAGUACUUAGCACAUGGUCAGCUAACAGAGAUGGUAGACGUUUACAGCUUUGGAGUUCUUGUACUAGAGAUUGUAACUGGAAAACAGAACACCAAAAGCAAAAUGUCAGAUUACUCAGACAGUUUGAUCACAGAGGCAUGGAAGCAUUUUCAGUCAGGAGAGUUGGAGAAAAUAUAUGAUCCAAACCUCGAUUGGAAGAGUCAGUAUGACAGUCACAUCAUCAAGAAAGAGAUAGCAAGAGUUGUUCAAAUAGGGCUAUUGUGCACUCAAGAGAUCCCUUCGCUAAGACCACCGAUGUCUAAGUUAUUACAUAUGCUAAAGAACAAAGAGGAGGUCUUGCCAUUGCCGAGUAAUCCUCCGUUUAUGGAUGAAAGAGUCAUGGAACUUCGAGAUGGUUCUGAUGGUGAUUCAGCUGGUUGUGCAUCUCUUGCCACUGUCUCACAAAGUUCCUUUUAUGGUAGAUGAGCUUUGAAGAAGUGUAUAAGAAGAAGAGAAUACAAAAUCUUUGAUCUUUGAGCAGAAACUAAAAUUUUGUGUAUAAACCAGUGAGAGAAGCUAGAUAGUAUAGGUAAGUUAUAUCUUAUGUAUCAUACUUGAUAACAAAAAAAAAGUACUCAAUAAUUC